GGUAGUAAGGUGAUUCACUAUCUCCCGACCCUUGCGACUAAAGAGGUUGAGACAGCGAUUCUGACAGGAGACGAAGGAGCCCUUGUCUUCAAUGGAGCCUUUUUCGAGUCUUAAUUUUGGCUUUGAGUGCGACAGUCUGUCUGGCAGCAGUCACGCAGCUGCAAUGGACUGAUUGCGGUAGCGAUCCAGGCCUUGUGAUCCAUAGCUUAUCGAUGACGCCGAUGCCAAUGGAGAUACCCGGUUCAAUCAGCCUGUCCGUGAAAGCCCAGACUUCCACCGCCAUCCCGGAAGACAUAACCAUCAGCCUGUCCAUCAAACGGCACACAUUUCUUCUCGACCUUCCUAUCCCCUGCCUCUUCCACAUCGGUUCUUGUACCUACGAAAACACGUGCAGCAAGACGUUAGUGGACACGUUGAUAUCCGAGAACUGGGCCGGCAUCACCGCCGACAUCGGGGAGCAGGUCAAGACGAUGUUGUCCACGCUCCCGGCACUCAACACGACGACGUGUCCACCUCCAGUGCCAGCCACCAUCGAAAUCAACAACUACAGCAUCCACCUGCCGGCCAUCCCAGCCAUUCUCACCUUCAUUGCCGAGGGUGACUACUCAGUGGUGGCAACAGUGCGCAUGACAAGGCCACGGGCCACACCCUGCUGUGCGUGCACCUCGAGAUGAGCAUCAAGGAGAGCAGCGCAUGCACGGGCUUCCUUUGCGGCAGAUAAAAAGGGGCGUGCUCAACUAUAGAUAUAUAUAGCAAUAUUAUUUUUAAAGCAGCCAUUAUAUGAGCAAAGUGGUCUGCUUCGGCCCGCGCUAUUUUUCCUGCUCCGGGAUAUGGUAUGUUGUAUGUCGUUGUAGGAUUUCGUCCCAAUAAAACCUUAGGAUUG